GGAAAACACCACAGAAGAAGUGUCAAGCCUGUCGAUCGGCAAACAAACCCAGGGCGAUGGGUCUACCUGACUGUUGCUGAACUUCAGUGGUGAUUGGCCCCCACAGCCAUCUGUCAACAUGCAAGGAUUCUACUCCAAGCUGGACUCCUCCCUCUCCUUAUCCCCGUUAUUGGGGGCGGGCCUCGGGGGAGAAGGUGCCCCUGUACCUCUCAGCCUGGCCGUGGAGACGGAAAAGGCUCAGGCUCUCCUACAGACAUUCAGCUCCGCCUCCCUGCUGGCGUCGGCAGGACUCGGUAUGUUCUGCGUGGUGGCGGACCACGCCCUCCAGCUGUCCGUCAUCCAGAACCACCUGUGGCUGCGCGCCGCCUUGGACAACGCCACACACGGAUUUGUGGGGCUGUGGUCGUGGGCCGUUGUUAUUGGACUGAGGAAAAAGAGUGACCUGUAUGAGGUGCUGCUUGCCGGUCUUAUGGCGUCAAUCAUAGACCUGGACCAUUUCUACAUGGCUGGAUCCCUGUCACUCAAGGCUGCCGUCUCGCUCCCUCAGCGUCCUCCUCUCCACUGCUCCUCUCUCAUCCCGGUCCUCUGUCUCUCGCUCCGCUUCCUCAUGUGGAUCGGACGCCUCAAAGACGCUUGGUGCUCCUUGCCGUGGAUGCUUUUCAUUUCCAUGGCCACGCACCACAUCCGCGACGCCGUGCGCCACGGCCUGUGGGUGUGUCCGUUCGGCAACACGGCACCGCUCCCCUACUGGCUGUACGUCAGCACCACGGCGACGCUCCCUCACCUGUGUUCGGUGCUCAUGUAUUUGACAGGAACCAGGGAUGUGAUCUCCACCAAACACGGCGUGGCCAUUGAUGUUUAGAAGUCACCGAUCUGGUACGGAUCCUCUCUGGGCACAAAUGUUGCUAGAACAGAAACUAAGAAUCUGAUUUGUUUUUCAAGCCACAAGGAUGAAAAAACCGUCACUAUAUGAUGUUGGAAAACAAACAAAACUUACCAUUUUGUUUUCCAUGGAUUGAGAAAUCUGUAAAAUAAUUAGCUGUGGAAAUGUAUAAGAAUCUUGUUCACUUGUAUCUGGAGAAGGAUGCUUAUCUCUAAUAACUGUCUUAAGUGUAUUGGAGCGACCCUUUAAAGCUUUGACAUAUCGUUUUGCAGAGGCUCCUCUGCUCAUCUACCCAAACCCCGAUAAAGGGACCGCACACUUUGUGUGGCCCCUGAACUCUUAACCAGUCAUCAUCUGAACUAUCAACUGUCUGUCUACGUCCUCAGAAGGAACACUCAAGGAAAAGCCCACCAAAGGUCAUCCACUAGCUGUAAGACACUGACUCUCAGUAUAUUAUUACUGUUAUUCCACUGUGCUUUUACAAGUGCUGAUCUGUAGUGAAGUGUAAUGUAUUGUACGUUCAUUAUAGAGUAAGUCCAGCAUUAAUCACCAUAGAACGCAAGUUAUCUGUCAGCUGUCACCACUCUGCCAUGUCAGCAUACUCUCAUGUUGCUGCUUGGAUGAGCCUUAUUUUUGAGAUUGUUUUGCAAAUCAGAAGUUUCAGUGCCAAAAUUAUGGAUCACGAGUCGUUGCCUGUGUAACCUGCUGGUAGUUCCAAAUAAUUUAAAAUGUAUUUUUUGCAUUGACAUUGUUGCAUUUAGCUGUAAAAACAUCCUUAUUCCACAAGUUGUGUACACUGUGUGCAUGAAUCACCCUGGGAUGGUUGACGAGUUGUGUUCCCACUGUACUAAUGACAGAGAACUGCUUUUAUUUUAUUACAAUGUCAAACAGGAAAUUAUCUUUUCUAAUAUUUGACAGAUUUGUUUUAGUUGUUGCAGCAAACUGGAAGUAUGAAAUGACCGUGUGAGAGGUGAUUGGCGUCCCACAUGUCCUCUCUAUUCUACAUCAAACACUAAAGGAUCAGGGACCUGGAGAGAUGCAGCAAUGUUUCAAGCAUUCAAGGAAUUCAUUUUUUUCAAUAGUGUGUCUAUUGCUAGUCAAAUCUUAAUAUAACGUCUUAAUAUAGAAUGUAGUCUAAUUGCUGCAUUAACAUGCUGUAUAUUGGUCUACUGCAGGUUUUGUGGUGUUAGUUAUUUAAUUAAAUGAUUGAUACAGUACUUAUUGAAGUUCCUCAUCUCACAUGAGUAAUAUUCACGACGACACAGAACAUGUAGAGGUAGGAAGUCCUCACACUGUUUUAGAUGUAGACGGAUCACACGUGCAUUCCUUAACACUGUUGUAUUAUUUAUUACAUCGUAUGUGUUGGUACAGUGCAUUUAAUGGGUUUUAGGAACUUGUAGUUAUUUUAAUAUAAUUGCUUUAAAUAUAAAAGGGAUGGUGUGCUCAUCAAGAGGUUUCUGCUUCUAUCUUUUUGGAUUGGGACAUGUUUAGUUUAGCAUUUAUGACAUAUUCACAGUAUACUCAAAUAGCCAUAAUCAAAUAUUUUAAUAUCCAUCUAAGGUUUUUUUAAUUUAUUUUUGUAUCUGUUUUCUUGUGGAGCUGCUGGUGAUUGUAAGGUUGUAAUGGUGCUUGUUCUCCACUAGGUUGCUGCAGUGAGCUGUCGGCGUUCACAAUUUGCUAAUUUGGCACAUAGUGUGUGAGAAUUGCCCAGUGGGUUGUAGAAAACACAGUCCAGGAGAAUUUAAUUUAUGUAUGUGUUAUUCUGUAUUCGUUGACUUUUAGAAAGAGAUGCACAAUGGCUGCCGUCCCAUUUGAGUCACCAGUGUUUGAGUGUAUCUCUUUUACUGCUGCUUAUGUGACCUUCAUUAAUGUAAUAUGUUGAAUUUUGCACAUUGUAAGACUUUUGUUUAAAUUAUGUUUUCUAUUUGUUGAUGUUUUUGUAUGAAGAAUGUUUGAUUUUAAUAGUAAUAAAGUAUAGAUAUUAACAGGA